AGCAAAAAUAGAAAUGUGUGCGAAGAAGAAAUGAAUGCCAGAACACAGAGGCAUCAGUGUCGUGUAUUAGAUUAGCUUAGGUAAAACUGAUGGAAAAAAAAAAUCACCCAAACGCUGCUGAACUAGAUUGAGAGGCAGUCAUCACUCAGUGAUUUUUAUAUUGAGUCGCUUUAUUUGUGCGAUGACAAUACGCGUUGGAGUUGCAACGAUUUAAGGAAACACAAUACUUCGUGGUUUUGCAUGUUUAUUUUACUGUACGACUGCAUCAGUCUUGGAUUUGCUUCUGCUGAGUUUUCUGCCUCAACGCGUCAAGUUCAAGUUCAUUGAUGUAUUUUCACAUUUGAUUACUAUUUUAAUAAAACCAUGGAGAAAGAAAGAUUUUCGCUUUUGCUACUGGAACCCGGAGAGAUCUACUUUGAGGAUUUCUCGGUUGAUUUACUGCAGGCAGAUGAUAGAAACCAUUCAAGCGAAUUCCCAAUCACAUCCACCUCGUCAUCGCCAUCAUCAUCAUCAAUAACGCAGUCAGUGAUCGGUCGGCUGAAGAUGUGCUCCAAGUCGGUGGUAUUCGAAGCCAAGGAUAACCUUCGGCUACCGUUGAUCAAAAUAGCCUACAAAGAUUGUCUGCAGAUUCGACGAUGGGAACCGACCAGCAUCAAAGCCAUGGAAUACAACGUAUUGGCCAUCGAGUGCUCGCAGUAUACGGAAAUGCUGAACAACAAUGUGGUCCAACCUUAUCACUUUUGCCAGCAUAGGCGCUUCUUCCUAUUCAAUUUUCACUAUGCCAAACUGGAGGACUACAUCCAACAGCUGUGUCAGCUUCACCGAGCUUCGACCUUGCAUGCUUACGAGCAGAAUAGUAUGAUUGCAACGAUCGUCUUUUCUCGCCAUAAUCGUGUGAGAUUCAAUCCGCUUUGGUUGGAUAAUCUCUACGAGAAGAUUAUGCUCGACUAUCAGGUGGACGAAAUUAAUCCACUGGUGGUGAAUCCCGGCCGGCUGCUGCUGACGAAUGUGUUUCUUUACUUUCAACCAUAUAAUAACAUUCAAACGUAUCCCGUGCUGAAAAUUCGCCUAAAAUCCAUCAAAAGCUUUCUCAAGCGCCGUUUCCUUCUGCGUCACGUGGGUCUCGAGGUCAAAUGGACCCAAGGAGAUCAAGAAAGACUGCUCUAUGUAUCGUUCCGCAAUCAAUCGGAGCGGGACGACUUCUACGCCAAUGUAGCCGAACAGGAAGACUUCUCCGUCGUCGAACAAAUCCCAGAGAGCAUAACCCUCAAAUGGCAGAACGGUCUCAUCUCCAACUACGAAUACCUACUCUACCUGAACAGCUUAGCCGACCGGACGUAUCAAGAUCUAACGCAAUAUCCAGUUUUCCCGUGGGUGAUUUCCGACUACAGCUCCGAUUGGUUGGAUUUGAGCAAUCCGAACAUCUAUAGAGAUCUGACCAAACCGAUCGGAGCGCUGAACGAGGAAAGAUUGCAAAGACUGAAGGAACGCUGCGAGGAGAUGGGCGAAAACAAGUUUCUCUACGGAUCGCACUAUUCCGCUCCGGGGUUGGUCUUGUUCUAUUUGGUAAGAAAGUAUCCCAAAUUGAUGCUUUGCUUGCAGAAUGGAAGGUUUGACCAUCCAGAUCGGAUGUUCAACAAGGUCGAAGACGUGUACAGUAACUGCCUGAACAAUAUGGCCGAUUUUAAGGAACUGAUUCCGGAGUUUUACGACACGGAGACGAAGGGCGAUUUCCUGCUGAACAGAAUGAAGAUAAACUUUGGACAAAGGUUUGACGGGACACCGGUCAAUCAUGUGGUCCUGCCAAAGUGGGCCGAUGGGUGUCCGGAAAAAUUUGUCACAAUGCUGCGGGAAGCGUUGGAGUCGGAUUAUGUGAGCAGCCGGUUGCAUCAUUGGAUUGACAUGAUCUUUGGGUACAAGCAGCGAGGCGAGGAAGCGUUGAAGGCAGAUAAUUUAUUCUACUACCUCUGCUAUGAAGGUUCGGUGGAUUUGGAUCAGAUAAAGGACCUAUCCGGUCGGCACGCCCUGGAAGUUCAAAUCUCCGAAUUCGGUCAAAUACCUAAGCAAUUAUUCCGAACGCCACACGUUUCGAAACUGCUCAACAUUGAUGCUCCCCUUGGAUGUCCUCGUACGCUAUCCAUGGACGGGGAGCUCCGUAUCGCUAUGGAUGCUCAAUAUUUUUCGCAUAAGGAUGAAAUUACCUCAAUGCUGCUCGAUGAGACAACGAAACAUAUCUUUACGACAAGCAAAGACGGCACAUUCAAAUGUUACAGCUUGGUUGAGCAAAGACAAAUCCGAAGUGUGCAGAUAAGCGAUAUGCCUCUUAGUGCAAUACGACUGACUAACGGGAAGUCGGUCAUUCUGGGUUGUUGGGACAAUAGCAUAAUAAUCUACAACUUAGACUACGGGAAGAUCUCUCAGGUGAUUGCAGCUCAUGACGAUGCCGUGUCCUGUCUGUCCAGCGUGAAAGGAAGUGAAAUCUUAGUUUCGGGUAGUUGGGACUGUAGUGUCAAAAUCUGGAACAAUUUCCACAUCGAUUCCGUGAUCGGGUACCUGCCGUUAGAGGACAAAAUCGUGUGCAUGGAUACUUUUCACUCGGAAUGCAGUCUCCGAGUGGCGAUUGGCACCUCCUGUGGAGAACUGUUCCUCUGGAAGGUGGGCUUGACUCGAUGCAACAGUGCUCAAAGUUUACCAGAUGUUGAAACUCAAGAACACAAACUAUUGCUGCAGCAUAAGGAUGCGGUCUGUGUAGUGCGGUUCAAUCGGAAUUGUUCGCUGAUUGCGAGUUGUGGAGAGGAUCGAAUGUUCAAUAUCGUGGACAUCGAGACGGGAAUGGUGAUAUUUAAGCGAGAGAUGCCUGCGGCGAUCAGGAGCCUUUGCUGGGCAAAGGACGACAAAUAUCUUCUGAUGGGCGAUCGCAGUGGGAUGAUGUACGUGUGGAAUAUGCUUGAGGGAAUGAUCCAGAAGGAAGUGCAAGUGCAUUCCGAUUGCAUUUAUUGCAUCGGAUGUACCGAGAACAGCCAAAUUGUGACAAGUGGUAAAGAUGACCGGGACUAUUGUGUCAAAAUAUGGAAGAGCAAUCUGUGAGAACGGAAUUGUGUUUCUUUUUUUUAAUUCUAUGAGGUAUGUACUCUGAAAGUUCUACGUUUCUUUCUUUUUUGUUAGUGAUAUUCUUGUAAUUGCCGAAAUGACGGUUUUAUUUACUUUUACGUGUUUCAACCAAUAAUUAAACAUGAAUCUCGUGAUAUAGCGUA